CAAAGAGAGAGAAACCGGAAUCCUGAAUCAAACUCCCUCGAUUUUCCCGAAAACCCACCAAAGAAAAUAAAAAGAAGAAAAAAGAAAAGAAGCAUCUGACAAUUCACCAAACACUCUCAAAAACUUUUAAUUUAAUUUUUAUUAGACCCCUUUUCUCUUCUUCUCUCGAUUUUAUUAAACAUCCGCAAUUCACCUUUUAAUGAAUUUUUUGUUUUCUUUAAAAUUACGGAAGAAAAAGAAAAUUAAAAGAAAAUCAAAAGAGAAAUUUUGUGUGUGUGUGUGUGAUUAUGAUUGAAACGAAUAGUCAGACAAAGCACUGUUGGUGUUGUUCGUUCGCUUGCUGUUCUUCUUCGUGAUUUCUUAUUCUUUUUAAUAUAUAAAUCUUAUUUUUUAAAAGAAACUCAUCUCGGUUUUUAUUAAUGAUCUUGUCGAUAUUGCUCCCGUUGUUAAUAAUGUUUAAUGUUUUUGAUUUUAUUUGUGAAAUUCCCAAUCACAUUCGUAGUAGAGAGAGAAAGUUUUUCCUUUUGGUUUUUUGGUGGAUUUUUAUUCUUCUUUACUUACAUUUCUCUUUUUCGUCAAACCAAAAAUCCAAACGGUGUUCGUGAUGCUGUUUCUUCCUCUCUUCACACAAAACCCAGAACAAUCAUUCCUUUGAAUCUCUCCUCUUUCCCCAACGAACUUCCCUCAAAUUCACAAGCUUUUUGAUCUAUCUUGUUUAUUGAAGUAAAAGAAAAAUGGAAGGUGGGUCUGAAGCAGAGAAGAACAAAACACCUGAAGGUCCUGCUGAAAGCAAGUCAAAACGGAAAAUGAAAACAGCUGCUCAACUUGAAGUUCUUGAAAACACCUACUCAGCUGAACCUUAUCCUUCGGAAGCUAUAAGAGCGGAUCUCUCAGUAAAACUGAAUCUUUCCGACAGGCAGUUACAGAUGUGGUUCUGUCACCGGCGGCUUAAAGACCGGAAAUCCUCAACUCCGAGCAAACGCCAGCGCAAAGAGCCGACACCGAGGGCGGUCGAAUCCUCGAGAACACCCGUCAAUGCCGGUGAUUUGGCGGCGGGAAAUGAGCAUAGCUCGUUUGGUCACGAGCUUGAUUCGAGAAGAACCCCUCGCGGAGGCGGUGGUGGUGUGACGGUGGUUAGACGGUUCAAUGAACCGUCUCCGGUCGAGGUUAGAGCCAUCGGCUAUGUGGAAGCUCAAUUAGGAGAGCGUCUGAGAGAUAACGGACCGAUUCUUGGAAUGGAGUUUGAUCCUUUGCCUCCUGGUGCAUUUGGUAUGCCUAUAGAGAUGCCAAGCCAUAGGAAGGCGACUAGGCAAGCUUUUGAGACGAAUCUAUAUGCCCGGUCCGAUGUAAAGACCAUUAAAGAUUCUGUGAGGACGAUUCGUGAAUAUCAGUUCCUUCCUGAGCAGCCAUCUUCAAGGACUGAUCAUUCAGAGAGAGCUUCACCGUCGUCGCAUCAUUUCGGAGUUCCACUUGAUGCUUCGGUUCUUAGGGGUUCAUCAGUCUCUGCAGUACAUCGAGAUGACUAUAAGAUUUCGCCUCAGAUACCGAAUUUGAAUCUUUCCACUCAUCAGGGGAAGACAGGGCACGUGUUCUCGCCUAGUUUGGGAGAAUAUGACUCACCGUAUCAGAAAAGCUACAUGGAUACUGCUCCACUAAACGAUCAUCAUCCCAUUCAUGAGGAUCCCUUUGUGAAAUCUGAGAGAGAAGUUGGCAAUGAUGAAGAUGAUGAAGAUGGUGCUCUGGAAAUGGAGAGAAGACGCAAGAGUGAAGAAGCAAGAAUAGCUCGGGAAGCCGAGGCUCAGGAGAAGAGGAUGAGAAAAGAGCUUGAGAAACUAGAUAUGAUGAGGCGAAAGAGAGAGGAGCAAGUGAGGAAAGAAAUGGAGAGACAAGACCGUGAAAGACGGAAAGAAGAAGAAAGGCUUUUACGUGAAAGGCAGAGAGAAGAAGAGAGGUACCUCAAAGAGCAGAUGCGAGAGUUGCAGCGAAGAGAGAAGUUCUUGAAGAAAGAAACAAUCAGGGCUGAGAAAAUGCGACAAAAGGAAGAGAUGCGUAGGGAAAAGGAAGUUGCAAGGCUUAAAGCUGCUAAUGAGAGAGCCAUUGCUCGUAAGAUUGCUAAGGAAUCUAUGGAGCUUAUUGAAGACGAACGCUUAGAACUCAUGGAGAUCGCUACGUUAACUCAAGGACUGCCUUCGAUGCUCGCUCUCGACUUUGAAACUCUACAGAACCUCGAUGCAUAUAGAGAAAAGCAGGCAAUAUUUCCCCCAACGUCUAUAAAAUUGAAAAAGCCUUUUGCUGUCAAACCAUGGAAUGGUUCUGAUGAGAAUGUUGCAAAUCUUCUUAUGGUAUGGAGAUUCUUAAUAACUUUUGCCGAUGUUCUUGGCCUUUGGCCAUUUACUCUGGAUGAGUUUACUCAAGCAUUCCAUGACCAUGAUCCAAGGCUCAUGGGAGAGAUACACAUUGUUCUUCUGAAGACUAUAAUCAAAGACAUUGAAGGUGUUGCAAGAACACUUUCAAACGGUGUUGGAGCAAACCAGAACGCUGCAGCUAAUCCCGGAGGUGGUCAUCCUCAUGUCGUAGAGGGUGCAUAUGCUUGGGGUUAUGAUAUACGCAGCUGGAGAAGAAACUUGAAUGUUUUCACUUGGCCUGAGAUCUUGAGGCAACUCGCUGUCUCUGCCGGUUUGGGACCGCAACUGAAGAAACCAGACAUUAAAACCAUGUCUGUUCAUGAUGACAACGAGGCGAACAACUCUGAGAAUGUGAUUUUCAACUUGAGGGUUGGAGUAGCAGCUGAGAAUGCUUUUGCCAAGAUGCAAGAAAGAGGUCUCUCUAAUCCGAGACGUUCACGACAUCGUUUGACUCCAGGCACAGUUAAAUUCGCUGCUUUUCAUGUUCUGUCUCUUGAGGGUGAGAAAGGUUUGACAAUUCUGGAGGUUGCAGAGAAGAUUCAGAAAUCAGGCUUGAGGGAUCUAACGACGAGCAGGACACCUGAAGCCUCGGUUGCUGCUGCGUUGUCUCGUGAUACGAAGCUCUUUGAGAGAGUAGCUCCUUCUACGUACUGUGUGCGUGCUCCCUAUAGAAAAGAUGCAGGUGAUGCAGAAACUAUCUUCGCUGAAGCCAGAGAGAGGAUACGCGCGUUCAAAAGCGGCGUUACCGAUGUAGAAGACGUUGAUGACGCUGAGAGAGAUGAAGAUUCCGAAAGCGAUGUCGGAGAUGAUCCAGAGGUUGAUCUGAACGUUAAAAAGGAAGAUCCAGAUGCUCUGGAGAUGGUACCAGCGACGGAGAAUGGGACCAUGAAAACCGAACCAGGACUGCCUCCUCUUACUCUUUCUCUCCCUGAGGAUAUGAAAGUUGAGAAAAGAGACGACAUGUUAGCGGAACAAUCUCUAGAGGAAGAUGGAGUAGCAGCAAACGAUGAGGAGAGUGGUUGUUUUGAUGAGAGCAAACUUGGGGAACAGUGGGUUCAAGGGCUUGUAGAAGGAGAUUACUCGAAUCUCAGCAUCGAGGAACGUUUAAACGCACUUGUUGCUCUCAUCGGUAUCGCCAUUGAAGGAAACACAAUCCGAAUCGCCCUUGAGGAGCGGUUGGAAGUUGCGAGUGCGUUAAAGAAGCAAAUGUGGGGCGAAGUACAACUCGACAAACGAUGGAAAGAAGAGUCUUUGCAACGAGCUAACUACCUUUCAUACCCAAGGCUUAAUACCGCAACCGCUGCAUCAUCGGGAAUUCAAGAAAUCCCAUCGACGGAUGUGACUCCAAUCUCCUCACAGGAGCCAUUGAGUCUUGCUCCACAGAUCGAUGUGAACAACGCGGUCGCGGGACCGAGCUUGCAGUUGCAAGAAAGUGUCUCUGUAAUUGAGAAUUCUCAGUAUCAGCAGGGUUACACAGCGGACCGGGAAAGGCUCCGUGCACAGUUAAAAGCUUAUGUUGGAUAUAAAGCAGAGGAGCUAUAUGUAUACAGGUCACUUCCUCUGGGUUUAGAUCGGAGACGCAACCGUUAUUGGCGGUUUUCGGCAUCAGCUUCUAGGAACGAUCCAGGGUGUGGUAGGAUCUUCGUUGAGCUUCAAGAUGGACGAUGGAGACUCAUUGAUUCCGAAGAGGGUUUUGAUUAUUUAGUGAAGUCACUAGAUGUUCGUGGUGUACGAGAAUCAAAUCUACACUUCAUGUUGCUGAAGAUAGAAGCUUCUUUCAAGGAAGCAGUGAGGAGGAAUGAUGAAGCAAAUCCUGGCUUGUGUUCUAGCUUGGAUUCAGAGAUCUCCACGGCGUUUAAGAUCGAGCUAGGGGAUAGUAACGACGCCGUUGAGAGAUGCGGCGUGUUUAAUCGGUUCCAGAGUUUUGAGAAGUGGAUGUGGGAUAAUAUGCUUCGUCCCGAUGCGUUAUCCGCGUUUAAGUACGGAGCCAAGAUAAGCAGACCGCUUUUUCGCGUUUGUCGGAACUGUGCGGAGUUACACUUUGUUGAGGAUAUUUGCUGUCCUAGUUGCGGUCAGAUGAUGCAUCAUGGUGGUGGUUCUGAUGUUGGUGAGUUGUGUUUCGCUGAGCAACUGGCUCAGCUCGGUGAUGGUUCGAGAGGAGGAGACGGUUUGUUUAUCUUGCGUGGCUCGAUCUCGUCUCCUCUAAGAAUAAGACUGCUCAAGAUUCAAUUAGCACUUGUCGAAGCUUCUCUUCCACCUGAAGGACUUCAAGCUUUUUGGACAGAGAAUCGAAGAAAGUCUUGGGGUCUUAAGCUGUUGUCUUCAAGUUCUACCGAAGAGAUUCUUCAGGUUCUCACAGCGUUAGAGGUCGCACUAAAGAGAGAGUUCCUGUCUCCAAACUUUGAAACAACUUCCGAGCUCUUGGAUUUACCGGAGGAAGCUCUCGCCGGCGACUUCGCUUGUUCCGGUAAUGUACUUCCAUGGCUACCAAAGACAACGGGAGGCGUAGCUUUGAGGCUCUUUGAAUUCGACAGCUCGAUUGUUUACACACCAGAUCAAAACAACGAUCCUCAAAAGGAGGACAAAGAAACUGAAGAUUUCGUCGGUUUGGAGACGAGUUUUCUGAGAAAGGAUCAAGAAAACGACGUGAUGGAGACGACUCCGGUGCAAGUUGCUGCUUACACGCAAGAAGAGAACUGGGCGGAUCCGGGUUUAGGCGGUGGUGUCUCCACCUCGGGGAGAGGCCGACCACCGCGAGGACGCGGCCGGCCUCGCUCCCGUGGCAAGAAACCGUCUCCAGCUUCUGGUAGACCACCACGAGGAGGUGUGGCAAACUCAAACGGCGAAACCAUGUUGAGACCGAGAGCUCAGCCGCGCGGUGGUAGAAAGAACGGAAGGCGCAGCGGCGGAACAAAAAGCCGGACGAGACCGACGAAAGGUACGCUUGGGAUAUCUAAUGAAGCAGUAGUAGGAGGAGGAGGAGGAGGAGGACGUCGGGCUAAGGAAGUUGUUGGAACGGCCAAAACCGCUCUCGAUUGGAUCGAAACGCCUGAAUUGCAGCAGGAGGAGGAUGACGGUGAAGCUAGCAGCUCGGAGAGGUCGUUUCAGUAUAAGGACUACGAUGACGUCAUGGCUCCGAUUGAUGAUUUUGAUGGUGGAGAAUCGAGUAAAUUAGUAGGUAGGGGUGAAUUUAGUUUACAUAGUGAUGAUGAAUACGAGGAAGAAGAUGAAGAUGAUGAAGAAGAAGAAGACGUGAGGAACACGAAAAUGGAUGUGAAUGUUGAUGAUGAAGAUUACAUAAACGAGGAUUCUGAUGGUAGAGAGCAGCCGGAGAUUAGUAUUGUUGCUAAUCGGAAAAGGUUUCCGUUUGAAGAUCCCGAUUUAACAUCUUCGUCUUCCUCUGAUUAUUAGUGACUAAUUUGUUUGUUUUUUUUAAAAAAAAAUUGUAUUAUUCAGAUGAAAAAAAUGCCAAAAUUUUUCAGUUAGCAUCAUCAUUAACCCUUUUUUAAGGUGACAAAUCAAUGUGAUAAUUUUGUCUCUUCAUCGUACAUGAGCAAAGCUUCUACGAUUUUAAUUAGUGUUGUUUGGUCCAGACCGGUCUGGUUCCGGUCAACCCAAUUUUAUAA